UUUGGAGUUGUGCGCGGUCGUUACACACCCAGUGUUGCUGAGGAAUUUUUAAAACGUCUGUAGUUCGUCGGCCAUGGAUAUGUCAUCGGAUGCUUGUGAAUAUACGACAACAAUUGCGAAUACCUGAUUGUUGGAUGCUAGUGAAUCGCGUUACUGUGGAGUGAAGUUUUCUUGUAUGUAUCCUGAAAAGUUUAUUCUCGAGUGCUGCGCAGUCACUUCAUACCUUCAGGCGGUUUUUACUUGUGUUACCUGUGCGACAGACAGCAGCAGUCAAAGAUGAAUCCCAUGGAAGCAGGAGCAAGGAAGGAGCAGGAACGCGAGGCCCUGCGCAGUGUGAUUGCGCAGUGGAACGCGAAUCGUCUCGACUUAUUCGAAUUGUCGCCUCCAAAUGAGGAUCUGCUGUUUCAUGGGGUGAUGCGUUUCUAUUUCCAAGAUUCUGGCCAGAAGGUCGCCACGAAGUGCAUUCGCGUGGCGUCUGAUGCCACGUGUCAGGCCGUCAUCGAGACGCUGAUUGAGAAGUUCCGCGCAGACAUGAGAAUGCUCUCCUUACCUGAGUACGCCCUCUAUGAGAUCCACGAGAACGGAGAUGAGCGGCGACUCGGUAUGGACGAGAAGCCUCUCCUGGUGCAACUCAACUGGCACAUGGAUGACCGAGAGGGCAGGUUCUUGCUGAGGAGAAUAGACGACAAAACCAACGUUCCAGCAGUCGGGUUUCAAGAAGGCGGCUCGAGCUUCAGACGGAAACUAUCAAAACGUGAGAAGAAGCAACUCAAGAAACAAGAAAAGCUGAACAAACUUAAAACGAACACGCCGGCGAACAACGAAAAUGACGGAGGUGUUGCCGGAAAACUGUACACGGAACUUCCAGAGACCAGUUUCACGCGUUCCAUCUCAAAUCCGGAGGCCGUCAUGCGUCGUCGUCGACAGCAGAAGCUGGAGGGGAAGCUGCAGCAGUUCCGCAGUAAGGACGGAGGACCGGACACGGGGGGCACGUUGAAGAUCUACGGGGAGUCCCUGUGUCGCGACGUCCCGUACAAAACUUUGCUCCUGUCCGUCCGCGAUACAGCACAGCAAGUCGUGAGAGAAAUGCUGACGAAGUACGGGCUGGACCGAGAAACGGACCCCCACAGCUACUGCCUUCUGCAGGUGAACACGGCAGUGCCAGCUGAUAAUGGGGAGAGCAAAGAGUACCAUGGAGGGACAAAUAACCGCGAAUACAUACUGGAUGACGACGAGUGCCCUCUUGCGAUUCUGAUGAACCAUCCGUCAUCGCGUGGUUCUAUAAUGUUUCAUGUUCGGAGACGGCCGGCCGACUACCAUCCUCGUAAGCGGAAGAAGAAACCUCAGCAGAAAUGGAACAAGGGCAGCGAGCUUACGGAAUAUCGCUACGAGGAUGGUUAUGACAGACUGCCCUUUUUCCUCGAGCUAAACCCAGAUGGUACAGAUAUUGUAAAUGGCACACCAAAACGCCACGUCCUCCACCCAAAUGUAACUGAAGUUGGCAGUGAACGACCGAUCAACUCGGCCGGAUCGCAGCAACAUGGCCACCAGUCACAGUCGUUGCAGCUUUUUGGACCGAACGUACAGCCGAGGCACUGCGUCAUUGCUCACACGGAAGGAAUCGUCACGGUUACGCCGUGCAGUGGGAAUGCGGAGACAUACGUGAAUGGUCAGCGGAUCUAUGAGACGACAAUUUUGCAGGUAACACCUUCAGUCGAACUAGUAAUAAGUCCGACUGGGGUUCGAUCCCCAAUGGUCAGAUACAUGAAGUUCAGAAACUGGUUCUUGAAAGAAUUCCUGCCGGACUUGUACUCGAGUGUGACACUUAAUGUAAAACUUUGCAUGAUUUUGCUUGAUGUUUUGUCAUGUUUUGUCGUAAUUGAUGUGCGGUUCAGACAAUCGUCACGAGACGACACCGUCGGUCACGGUGGAGCUGCGACACCUGCUCACAACGCUAAUACCACCGGUCCUAACGGAACGUCUCAGAAUUACGAAACGACAUUUGACGUAGACGGUAAUGUGGAGACGGUAUCGACGUCGAGCCUCGGAAAUAAGGAGGAAACUCGAUCGCAGAGAUCAGUCAGCAGUAGCAGAGAUGGAAACAGGUUGUCAAAUUAUGAACGGUAUCCACGUGGUACGGAUCCAAUCCUCCCGGCAGUACUCGAGUUUCGUGAAGAAACAGAAGAAGCGUUCCUACAUGCCGUGGUGACGGACCUCGAUCCUGCCGCACCUCAUUUUAAGCUUGCGCCGACAUACACGCUGUACCUAGUGGCAAGGUAUCGAGCUUCGACGCACUACAGACCGGAACUGACUCCAACUGAGCGAGCCCACAGGCUCACUGUACUCCUUGCAAGAGUGGCUGCCAUCAUACACAAUGUCAUACAGGAGAGAUACGCUGAUGCCAAGUCCCUAGCGUUCUGGAUGGCAAAUUCUUCGGAACUUCUUCACUUCUUGAAGUCUGACCGACAUAUUUCUGCAUUUUCUUUGGAUGCCCAGGAUAUUUUGGCGGAUUGCGUGCAGAUAGCUUUCAAGAACCUCGUGUCUUGUCUGCAAGGUGAUCUUGCAGCCGCAAUGCCCCACUUUAUGUCGGAAAGAGAUGAUAACCCAGAGGAUGAGAAUGCGGCUACAGUCCUUCAGGUGUUGACGUCAGCGAUGGCGUUACUAAGGAGAUGCCGCGUGAAUGCAGCCUUGACCAUACAGCUGUUCUCACAGCUGUUCCAUUUCAUCAACAUGUGGUCAUUCAACAAGGUGGUGACGUCGCCUACCAGUCCGCAUCCUCAGCAGCCCCACGGCGUGUGUUACUGCACCAGGACCUGGGGCCUGAGGUUGAAGUCAAAACUGGCGCAGUUAGAGGCGUGGGCAGAGCGACAAGGGCUGGAACUGGCCGCAGAUUGCCAUCUGGCUCGAAUUAUACAAGCGGCACAUUUGUUGCAGGCUCCAAAAUACAACGCAGAUGAUCUGGCGACACUGAGCUCCACGUGCUUCAAACUCAACUCGCUACAGCUUCGAUCGCUUCUGUCAAAAUACCAGCCAACGCCUGAUGAGCCUCGACUGCCGCACGAGCUGAUCGAAAACGUGGUGAGGGUGGCAGAGAACGUAGCAGAUGAAUUGGCUCGCUCGGAUGGACGGGAGGUUAGACUCGAAGAGGAGCGGGAGUUACAGCUGCCUUUCUUGCUCCCUGAAGACGGUUACAGCUGCGACGUAGUGCGCGGUGUGCCGCAGGGUUUGGCGGAGUUCCUGGCCCCCCUGCAGCAUGCUGGUCUGUGCAGAAUGAGCACGCAGCCCACAUCAAGCGGACUGUGGACCAUAUACAUGACACAUGAACCUAAUCUAGGGGCUCGAAGUCCGAGCGCCCUGAGCAACAGGUCGGGCGGAUGUCCGCCUCAGCAGCAAGAGCCUGAAAUUCAAGUCAUCAAACUGAACAAGUCUAACAAUGGCAUGGGCGUGAGCAUUGUUGCAGCCAAGGGCGCAGGACAGGACCGCCUGGGCAUCUACAUCAAGUCUGUGGUGAAAGGCGGAGCCGCGGAUGCCGAUGGCCAAUUACAAGCAGGUGACCAGCUGUUGAAGGUUGACGGACAGAGUCUGGUUGGAAUUACACAAGAGAAGGCAGCUGAGUAUCUCGUUCGAACUGGUCCAACUGUAACGCUGGAGGUCGCCAAGCAGGGUGCCAUUUACCAUGGUUUAGCAACGUUACUUCAGCAACCGUCGCCAGUCAUGGGAAGAGCUCCAAAUCUGACAAGACCUCGCCCUAACUCCGAACUGCUUACUCCAACUUAUGACAUCGCACCUACCAGAGGACACCUGGCACCAAGCAUGUCUAUAGCAAACCUUCAUUCUUCGGCUUCGACCGGCAAACGAUAUCCGAGCACAUAUCAGGAAAGAGUUGACUGGAACAGCCAAUCAGGUCUGGCCUCUAAGGAAUGUUUGUACCCUUUGAACCAAUCUAUUUAUUCUGCGGUACAUGUGAAUCCUGUUCGGAAUUUAUCAUCUCAUUCUCCUUACCAUUGUGAGUGCGUACGAUGUGCCACCUCGUAUUUAACCAGUGAAUCUGGUGGUGCGUCAGGCAACACUUUGACUGUACCUCUCUCUCACCCCGAACACUCGACUCUUAAGGUCAUUGGCACGUGUAAGAUGAAUGAUGGGAAACGCAUCGGUAGGUUUCGUAAUGCGGAAACAAAUACGGAGUCGGCUACUACAAAAAAUGGAGACGCGAGUUUCUCGUUACGCGUUUCUCCUCCCGAAAAGCAAGAGUACCCCGCGUUGACUAAAUUCUUCCAUAAUAAGUUUUUGAAAGGACGCGGCGUCGAGUCGGAUACAGUUGGUACCGCUAAGAAUAACGUCGCUUUUAAACCAGCGCAGAUGCCUGGGAUUGCUAUCGAAGUUGAAAACAGUUCUGUGUCGUCUGUUGUAUCGAGUGGAGACCGCGAUGAUUCUGCUUCUCCGUGCUGCAUGAACGAAUGUUGUUCCGCGUCGUCGACGACGUCCGACUCGUCGGAUCCGUCUGCGAACUGUAAGACGGGCAGCAAAUGUAAAUAUUCUGAAAUACCCGAAUUUAAAUUAGCAAAUAGAAGAAAUUAUGAGACUGCAGAUCGAAGUAUCCGUGCGAAUGGGAAUACGAAGAAAGUUAAGGAUGUCGACGAUAUCUUGCUGAGUAAUCUGAACACCAGUGGCUCCAGUAUGCAUCGUAAACUGGAGAACAAGAAUAUUGAGGUCGAUGGCACUGACGGACAUAUGAUAAUGUCGAUGCUUAAUUUGGACCUGAGCUGUAUUAAAGAUGAUGACAACUCAUCCGACAAUAGUAAACAAUCAAAAUGUUGGAAAUCUCCCGAAGAAGUUAGGUUAGGGUACGGCCGUGUCGCUGCCUUGGCUAAACAUUUUUCGCACCUUGAAGACAGUGGACUGAUACGAAUCUGCGGAAGGGGAGGGUGUAGAGGAAGAACUAGGUCAGGUCUUUGGAGCGGAGCGUUUAAAUCAGUCCCUGACAUGACCAGAACAUGUCUUAGAAAAGAUGGUAAUUGGGAUUGUCUCGUACCGGUACGUCCCAACUCGUGCAGUCACGUAUGCGGUGUUGGGCUGGGAGCCGUCAGUUACAGCGCUGAUCGCUUGUCCCUUGGAUGCGGAAGUGACGACUUUGAAGUGCAGGAUCAGUACAAGAGCUGUGAGGAGCUUGUCUCGCGAGAUGACGGCGCUGAAUUUAAGAUUGCAGGGAGUGGGGACAAGGAAUUUGAGACAGUAGCAAGGCAGUUAGAGGACCAAGAAAUGACUCGAGGACACGAAGAUGCGUCACAGUCAAGUUAUGACGGAAGUCGGGAGAAUAGGCAAGUUUUAACUGAAGUUAAAUCGGUGGGAAAUCAGUUACGGUGUUGUAUCAGUAGCGCUAACGGUUGCCUACAACAGCAUGAAGUCGGUGCGGCAAAGCACAGAGCUUUUAUCUUACUUACUUCAAAAGACACACCUGUCAAGCACAGUAAAAGUGUAGAGAGCUUUAUGUCAGCAGUACCUUACGUUGGUAGCUAUCAGGACCUCCCUUUGUUCAGUUCUGAGCGGCCGAGGAGCGAAGAUAACAUUUUGAAAGUUGGACCUUCUAAGGGUAAUGUGCGCUCAUGGGACAAAGAAAGACGUCUCUGUGCCGAAACUGAGAGUCAUUUGAGACCUUGUUUAAAGUCCGAGAGCGUUGUGUUUCCAAAUCAGAUGAAGUUUUGUCGAUUGGUAGACCAUAGACCCAAGAGUGAGGAUAAUAUCCUGCUGUCGGCAUCUGUUCAAGACAAGUUUUUGGUCGGUUGUGGUGGAAAUGAAGUGAGAAGUAAUUUGGAACCUCGGUUAGCCAGCGCUGGGAGCGCGAGCAAAGAGCCGGAGCGCGCCGGACGUGGACUCCCAGUUCUCACAAGGUGGCCUCGUCGUAUGAGUGAAAGAGACUUGCCGUCAAGACUCCUAAGUGAGCAGAAUCACAACGGAGAUUCACGGCGACACAUGGCACCCCAUGCACCCAUACAGAGUUCAAAAUCUGUUCCAUCACUAAACAGUGGAAACAGCGAUCUUGUUCAUGGACCCACAUCCCCUGGGCCAGCACCCACUUCCACCCCUGGCAGCAAGCAACAUGAGGUAUUCAACCCUGGCUACAGCCGCACCUCAUCCACAAAUAGCAUUCCCCAGAAAACAUAUGAAGUCCAGUCACAGCCUGCCAAUGGGGCAGGGAUCAGGUCAAAAUCAAGUCAGAAUCUCAAUGAUCCUCGCAUCCCCGCGUCAGCAUUGCCACCAAGUGGCCUUGUUUCAAGGCAGUCUUCGAAUCCAAGCCUUCACCAUCCUCCGCAUCUGCAGUCACCAAUCCAACCACAUCACAUGAAUCAGCAUCCACACCCAACUCAGAUAAACCCGCAACAUCCAUCGCAGAACCAACAUCCUUCCCAUACAAAUCACCAUCCGCCACUGCAAUCGCUGCAUCCGUCCCAGAACCUUCCCCACCACCCAUCACAAAACCAACAGCAGCAUCCACCUAAUCAGCAUCUGAUGAAUCAGCAGAAUCAGCAAGGUGGCGAUGGGGAGCGUUUCUAUCAGAAUUUAAGUAUUUAUAGAAACCACGAACUGCACAACGGCUAUCCACCUCCGAGCCCGAAUAGAGGGAAACUGCCCAGCCCACAAGCUCAUGAAGACAGAAGUCCGACACACCAGCAGAAAAGUUUGCGAGGCUCGCAGUCGUCUCUGCACCGUCCGCCAGAUGGCCUACAACCUGGUACACGAGAUCGCCCGGCCUCAGCCUACAUUCCCCAGAAAGAUCAGUAUGGUAGCCCUCAACAUGUCUCGGGCAUGGCUCCCCGUUCUCAGUCAACUCGUGACAUCAUGAGGCAAGAAGCAAAACUGCAAGAAAUGCAAGAAGAAAUCCGGAGACGGGAAAUGAGAGGAGGAGUCACGUCGCCGCAGCAUUAUCCCCUGCAACCAGGAGUGCAUGCCCGACCUCAGAUGUUGCCUGGCCAUCCUCAACGAGUCCCCAACACCAAUUAUCCGUAUCACAACCAAGACCCAAACAAUCCCCUUCACGUUCAGCAUAACACCAUGCUGCCUUUUUCGCAGUCCCCCGGUGGUGGCCAGCCUCAGUCGUCCCCAUCAUAUAGUGGAGCUCAUCCUCAUGUGGGGUAUGCCCCUCCUCCCACAGCACCCAAACCUAACCGUUAUCCGGGCCCCGUACACGCCGGCAGUGAAUUACAGAGGCCACCCAUCCCCGCAGAUUCUAACCACCAAAAUGUGUUGGGACACGAAAUUCAGGGACAAGUAAGGCCGCCUUUAGGCAGCGAUUCGCAAGGGUCUGCUCGACCAUCCAUGCCCCCUGAAGAUGUGGGUUACAGAGACUCUCCUCCACCACCGCCACCUCCAACGUCAACGCAUCCUCUUUACCAGUCAGGAAGCUCGAAUACAGGACAGAAACUGCUCUCGCCUUCUGCAAAUUCUGAUAACAGGUAUACAGCGAGUAUGGGGGAGCCUCCUAGAGGAACCUACUACCCCGCCUCUCCAGGCACCGGAAACCAGCCGUCUCGCCACUACCAGUUUAAUGCCACAAACCCUUGGGAAAGAGAGGAACGGGAAAAAGAGCAGCAGCGUCGGCGAGAGGCUGCGAGAGCGUGGCGUGACCAGCAGAUUUCGGAACUGGGUGGCCUGCCUCAGCGCACGUCUCAGCAGGAGGAACAGCUGCGAGCACUCAAGUUGGAGCGAGAAUUCCAGCGACGCGCAGAGGAGUGCGCGCGGCAAGAGGAAGAGGAGGAGUGCGAAGAGGAACAAGAGAGUGUGGAUCGAGUACAAGGUUUGUUGCACAUGGCAGCACAGCAGCAAGAUGAUGCGGACCACAGUCGAAGCCAGAAUACUCGGCGACCGCAAGAUUUUCAGCAAAAUGGGCGACCGUCAGUGCUGCCUGCUGCUAACACUUUGCCAUCCACAGCAAAUACUGUGACAGAUGAGAAGGAGAAGGUCAAGAGAAUUGAGGAGAUUAAACGGAAGCAAACAGAGGUGAACUCCGGCAGGGAGGAGGAGGAUUGGAUGUUGCAUGAUACCUCAAAACGAAGGGAUGAAGAAAUUAGACACAAUCUUCAACAUCAGAUGCUGCAACAGCCGAUGUCUCCACAUCAGCCACAGAAUCAAAUUUUAUCUCCAAGUCAACAAAGCAAUACAUCCGUGUCCAGACCACUGACUCAUGUUCCACACGCAGUAACAACACCAAACAAUAAUCAGUACAUGCUACCUACACCAAAACCUGCCAAUCCUAGCCAUCUGCGUUUAGAUAACCUUGUCAUAAACGGUCCAGCGUCUCCUCCUCCGCAGAUUCAUCACACCACCUAUCAGCCCACAAAUCCUCAUCAACAGUAUAAUGGUUAUCUUACAUCCCAGUCAUCAAACAACAUUACUACCACGACAAGCAACUAUCACCAACAUGACCACAGUAAAUCACCUGCAGGUACCACAUUGCCGCUGUCACCGAAUGCAACGCAGAAAGUAGAGUCAAUUAAUUAUUACCAGCAUCAGGAAUCAAAGCCGCCAUUUGUUAAUAGCGCAUCGCCCUUACAGCAAAGUGGUGCACAGAGGCUAGACUCCCUUCUGCUAAUGAGCAGUGGUCAGCAGACGAGUAGUUCGAAUGAAAGGAACUCGAAUCUUCUGGUUCCACCUCAGCCACCAGAGAGGGGAUCGUCAUUUACAGUAAUGUCUCAAACGCAGGGUGUAUUGAGAAAUCCCAGUACAAAUAUGUUGUCAGCCGGCUCUGAGCGGAGCAGCAUGGCACAUAGCAGGGGGUCAGAAGCUAAUCCAACAACGAAAAGGGUGUCAUUCCACGAUCCAAACGCCAAUCAGCCACCGCCUCAGCCGCCGAUGGAACAGAUUCGGGAGGAUCCCGAUCACUUCAUUAAUGAGGCUGAGACUUUAUUGGCAUCUCCAAAGAGCCCAGAUGGCGGUUUGUUUUCUGGAAAUACACCGGGAGUGAUCGGAGCUCAGGAAGUUUACAAAGAUCCACGUGCUAGGUUACUGGCCGCUCAGCAGCACCAGAAAUUACUGUCAACACGAUCAGGUCCUCUGCCGGAGAAACUCAGUUUUAAGGAGAAAAUGAAAAUGUUUGCUAUGGAAACAGGAGAAGAUGGCACUCCGCGAGAUAAAGUUAAAAUCUCACGAGCCCAGAGGGAAAUUGACAACUUAGGAACGCCUACUGGUUCCAACAAUAAUGCUAAUUGAUGGCAGCUGUGAAGACGUGAUUUAUGAAUCUGGUUUGUGAUACGGUCUAGGUACGGAACUCUUUUAAGACGGGAGAUCGUGCGGCAGGUGCUUCUGAAAAUUGUGAUACUGAAGAAACUUGAGAGAGCAUCAAAUGAUGCCGGGUUGUCGUCGUAUUAAUUGAAUCGUCUAGUACCUCUCUGAACACAGGAAGUUUAACAUAUCAGUUUCUGCAUUAUUUAGGAGUAACAAACACUUUGCAAUAGUGAAACCUCGUGUUGGCAGUCUUCAUUGCAGCGAGCGUUGUCGUAAAGAGUCACGAAACUAAUGUGAGGGAGUACUUUCAAAGUGGACCAUCUUUCUUACAUCCCUGUUGAAGUACAAGUUUGCCAUCAAGCACGUUCUUCGGACCAUGCGGCAGACUCGACCAAGAGGAUGCCUGGUGUAAAGAAAUGUCAUGUAGAUAGAAAUAAUAAGACUUGUCGAGAGAGACUGAAAUAAUUAUCACUUUAUGAAAGCAAGCAUAAAUGAAUCACUGCAGUAUGCGCUACUUCUUUGUCUUUGCUAUUUGUAGGGAAUUGUAUGUGCUCAAGUUUAACUAUGUACAGUGAGACAUCUCUGCUGACAGGAAAUGCAACUGGAUACCAUUUUUUAUUUUUCCCUGUGACCAAGAUGUUUCAAGUAACCAAUUAUAAUUAAUUUUCUAUUUACUUUCAAAUUUUAAUGCGUCGCUUGUUGAUAUUCGUGUCAGUAAAUGUAUUUUUCAGUUGGAACUUCAUUGUUCAAUUUUAUAAAAAAUAAUUUGAAACAUGUAAAGAUGCAGAUGCUUUUGCAUAUAAUUUUAGUUUGUUGAAAAGAAUAUCGUUCUGUCUGUUUGGCCUCGUGGCAUGCGCAUAGUCGUUAACGUGCCAUGGUGGUAUCUGGCCAGUGUUGAAUGUUCUAAAGUUUUCUGUCAUGUUUCUUGUCUAGUAAGGAAUUUUCACACUUCUGUUUUAAAAAUCUGGAGAGCAUUCACUUGAUUUUUGUCCAGUUUAAUGCAGAUGUGUCUUUAAGAGUGAUUUUCGCAUUAUUUGUAACUAAAAAACACUUGUGAUAUGUAUUGUGUAUUUUCUUUAAGGAUUUGUAAUACUGGAGCAUUCUACAAUCUGACGGUGUUACUCUUAUACGCUAACUUAACACCCAGAAAGCUCAGCCAUAAUCCACAUGAUGCCUUGAUGUCCACUUUCAGUUUUAUUUUUUAACGCUUAAUGUUUCCUUCAAAGAGUAGCGUUUGAGGACAGACAUUGUUUGGGUAUCAGAGCUUAUGCACAGUGUAGGUGGUCAUACGUUGCGUUAGCGUACCGCUGAACUGUUUAGAUUAAAAUUAAAGUCUGGCUGGCAACCCUGUAAUACAGGGUUUAAACCCCAUGCACCCAUAUGAUAAAGGUUAAUGUUUAUUUCCACCUAUUAAGGAUAAUUACUAAUUGUACUGUUAAUAUUCUUAAAUCAAUAACAUUUCUGGUGAUUGUGAUCUGCUUGUCGCUUGUUACGUGUAGAGGAGACAGAUGUAUUGUAAAUGUGAGAACAUCGUCAUCUCAAGUUUUAAAGUAUCUGUUCUGUUUAUUUUAAUUAUUAAUUAAAAUAUAACUCUGUUUUACUAUGAAUGUUAUAAGAUUGUAAUUUUUACAGUUAUGUUAUUGCUAGAAAUGUGAUAACCUAUAUAAGAAAAUAUUAGGUUAGGAACGUCGCAAGUGAAAUCUUCAGAUCUGUAGGUAACAUGUCCACCUCCCGUGUCAGUAACUUCACUCCAGAUGAUUCAAAAUGACCUGAAAACGUAUUUUAUGGCUCUCGCAGUUCUCUUAUUUACUUUUCUGUGUUAUUGAAAUUAAGGGAAUAUCAAAACAUUUCUUCAGAUUGAGAUUGAGCAAUAAGUCGGACUCGCUGCAAGUUACGCGUAAGUUAAUUAAUAACAAGGUAUGUAUUCCAAAGUUAUUAUAUAAAUUCCAGAUGGCUUUCAAAUUAGUAUAAGGUUUUGAUAAUAUAUCAAGAAAGAAUUAUGUAAAUAGCUACUUUCCAUGUAUCUAUGUAAAGGAUGUGGCAUUUUUGUGUAUAGUUACAAGGCAUUAGUUUUAUGAGAUCACAUAAUAAAGAUAUUUCUAGGUUAUGUUUUUAA